AUGUCACGAACGUACAUCGGACCGUUUGGUAGAAUUCUACCCAUCCUCGAUGGCAAGGAGCCUGAGCAGCAGCAACUUCCCGUUGACGAAACGCGAACGAACAUGACGACAUACCAGCUGCCUCCACCAGAAAGGCUGCAGUUUGGCAGUGACACUAGUCCUGGUUUUACAGAGCCGAUGCGAUACAAUACUAUAAGCCAGUCGAGAAAACCACCAAGAACAACCAGCCCUGUGUACAGUGAGCAGCCCAAGUCAUCCCCCCAUAAGCAACUGCCACCCGUUCGCCAACUCUUUUUCCCACCAUCCUCGGAUAUUCAACCAUCUCAGUAUCCACCACAGCACGAUGCCAACCUGUCCCAAAGACCCUCGAGUCUGCCUUCCGCUCCCCGAUCAGUCCCCGAUCAACCAGCUCCGGUCCCACAGUAUCACUAUCAAAGCAGCUUUCCUCAGCCCCCAUUGCCUCCGCAAGUUCAAACCUCGAUAGGCACUAAGGUCCUGGGAGACGACCUUGGGUACAGCCCUUCGGGUCGGCAGCCUCCAGCAUCACCAUACAUUUCCCACCAAGGCUCAAACGCAACUUCCUAUCCAACCUCCUAUCCCGCUUACUCCGAACGACCCCCGCAAAUUUCGUACUCUGUUGCACAACAAAACCAUCAUGCUCCACCACCAAAUCCUCCAUUGGAUACUCCUCAGCCUCAACAGGUAAUGCCGAUGAAUCCUCUUGUUCAAUACUAUCAAGAACAUCCCAGCGACUACGACAUGUCAUUAGCCCCUAUAUCGCGUCACGAACAAAGCCCACAAGCCGCGGAGAAUAGCGUCAAACCAAUGGCGCGUGUGGUGGGAGAGACAGACGUACCAGGACAAGGUCCCAGCUGGGUAUACGAGGAUGGUACGACUUGUAAAAAGAUCAUCGAUGGGGAGGAGGUCAAUGCGCAGUGGGGUGUUACGAAGGCCGGCAAGCCACGCAAGCGUCUUGCAAUUGCAUGCACGACUUGCAGAGAGAAGAAGAUAAAGUGCGACCCUGCAGAGCCAAAGUGUGUCCAAUGCGAGAAGUUUGGCAGGGAAUGCAGAUUUACAACAGCAUUUCGCAAUCAACGUACCAGUCCAGAGUCACCUUCUUACCAUUCCCAGGCGCGUACUCCACCAAUAAACAUCAAGAUCGAACCAUCCACUCAGCCAAGUCUGCCGUCAGAACCUGUACCUGCCAGCGCGGAAGAUCAGACAUUGCUCAAACGACGAAACUCAUCACCACAGAUCAGCCAGGUCAAGAUACCUGGAACAGGUGACGCAAAGUACCAUAAUCACAAACCACCCCUCAAAAAGCAACGAUCAAGUCUCUCAGGAGCAUUAUCACCAAAAGCGGAGCGCAAAAUUCUUCCAUUAAAGAAUCGCGUAGAGGAGGCUGGUCCCCAGAAAUCAGAGACGAUACACACAGAGAUUGAAUCGAAAAUUGCCUUCGAUCAGGUCGCUCCACUAUUGUCUGCCAAAGCGGAGUUGAGGAUAGUCGAUGAACUCAAAGCUCGGAGAGAUAGAGUCCUGCGGGCCAUUGAACAGCAAUGUGAGGAUGAUUGCCGGGAAGGAAUGAAGCCAUGCACUAUAAUGCUACGACUCGAAAUCAUGCACGGAGGUUUUUCUAAACCAUGGGUGAAAUGA